AGAGCACCGAUCCACCGGCACCGAGCGAGGUGUGGCCCGGGCCGAGGCGACGCUCCAGCGCGAAAUGCCUUGCAGGGAGACCCGCCGCCGUCCCGAGACGUGACCCCUUGAACACCACCCUCUUGCCUGGCCCAAGCAUGAGCGACAGCCCCGAAGAGGACAGCGCCGAGGGGCACGGGUUCGACACCAGCUCCAGGUGGAGAGAUGAAUCUGCCGCCGUGGAUGCACCCAGCCUGCAAAAGCUCUACGAGCGUGACUCCAGCAGUGACAGCGAUAAGCGUGCGCAUGGGCAUCGUCGGGAUCAAAGGCCGGGCCAAAGUUCGAAAGGUGCGCAAGAGACAACGUGUUCUCUUUUGUACUUCAAGUUUUUUGCGUUUUUUGCGCAUGAGGUCAAAUAUGGAGUUUCACAAACUAGCCCAAAUUUCAGUUCUCACCUCAAAGGGAAUCCAGAAGUGGCUCAGGCCAUCUGCAUCGCCGCGGUGGGGCUGGCGGCUCUGCUAGGCGUCGUGAUGUUCUUCCACUCCAGGGCAGCGCCUCCCAGGCGAGUGGCGCUGCGAAAGAUCCACGCCGAGGUAUCGGACGACCGCGACGAACCGCGGGCCCGGCGCGGCGGCGGCCACGGCCGUGCCUCGGGCGGGCGAUUCGACCGGCGAGAGGAAUCUCACGGCGAAACGGAGAUGCCAUUGCAGCCCGUGAUUAAGAUGCCCGGCAGGCCCAAGAGCGGAGGCCGCAGACGGAACGCCGAGAUGGACGCCAUCACAGAUGACCUGGACGCAAUGGGGAAGACGACUGCUGCUCCAGAAGCAACCAUCAGGGGCGAGGAAGUGGUGCCGCCGGCUCCACCCAGCCCUGAACAUGGCAAGCCCGGACCCUCGGACUUCGACAAGCCACCGCUGUCAAACGGCCGAAACGUGGCCACUCUCCCGGCUGUGGCUAUUGGUUCCGCCCCCCUAAUCUGCGUAACCGGUAGCCACGCACGGUUACCGCUGCUUCCCGUGGACGGAGUCUGCGACUUGGCCAUCUUUCGUGACGUCAUCUUCGGUGACAACGAAUGGGUCUCAGCGAGCAGCCGCGGCAAGCUGGACACGUACCUGCACGAGGCCGAGAAGUCGACGAGCACCACGUUCCUCCUCUCGUUCCCGGCCAAGAUGCGCCGCGAGCUGGUGCCGUUCCUCUCCUCGCCGGCGGCCAUCGAGCUCAUACGCAGCUACGCGUCGCGUGGUAUCCGCGGGUACGGAUUUGCGCGCGCCGAGAUUGCCGCCGAGCACCUGCACAAUGUGACUGACGAUUACAGCACGGUGCUCAAGCUCCUGAACAGCGCCAUGAAGUCAGCUGUUCCUACCUCUGGCGUCUCCUUCAUAGGCGUCUUUCUCAGAGCUAUUAAGAACGCAAAGGGAGCUAUGCUGCCUUUUCCGACUGGGAUAGCGAGCAACGUCAACCUGUUCAUCGCUAUCUCGCACACGCCCGUGCUGCCGCCGAACGAAUGCAAGGUGGAGCCGACCAGCUCCUGGACUCACGAGCACAUCAAUGACUUUAGCCUGCCAUCCCUUAGCGGAACGUUGGAAAUGCUGCGUGACGGUCGUAAUGUGAGCGCGACAUUCGCCAUGUCGCUAACCCUGGGCGUCUUGGACUACCGUGUGUCGACGGCCGGCCUGGCGGGCAUCGACGGAACUUGGAACAUCGCCUGCUCGCACAGCGAGCUCGCACCCUUCGAGCAAACGUGUCGCAACCCCCUGACCCGGGGCACGGUGGGGGCGGACGACUUGAUCGUCUACGACUUCAGCAAGAAGACCAAGGCGUGGCGCUCGUUCGAAAGCACCGAAAGCGUCAUGGCCAAGGUACGCAAGUGCUACCAGUUGAUGCGCACGUCAGGCUUCGCCACAUUCGGCUGGGCCAUGUACGACGUCGACCUGGAGGACCACAGCACCGCAUGCGUGUCCAAGGCUCACAACGAGCCCAGCGUCAACCGGAUCGUGCAGGCCAAGCAGUUGUUAAAGAGCAUGGCAGCCAACAACGCGCCGGCCGCCUGACUCUUAAUAGGCGCCGAACACCUGAAAGCCGUACUUUCGUUUUGCGGAAGCUGUAGAAAGUAUAUCUUAUCGCAGGAACUCAA